AAAACAAACAAUGAAAGUUUCAUUGGGGAAAGCGCCGAAGGCUCUUCUUGUCUUCCUCCUAAACAAAGGGUUCUCUCUCCUCCAGUUCUUUUCUUAGCAGCCGAGCUGAUCACACCCUACUGUUCACUGACACUAUUAUUUUUCUGGGUGACCUCACAAGGACAAAUGAAUUCGAAAUCAAAGCGUCAGUUGAGUGUUCCAGAUAGGAUCAGUGGGUUACCAGAUGCACUUCUUUGGCACAUACUUUCGUUUGUUGAAACACUAGAUGCUGUGAGGACCUGUGUUCUGUCUACAAGAUGGAAGAACAUAUGGGCGUCUGUUCCCACCUUAGAUUUUGACCAGACAAGUUUUCAUGACCCUGAUAAAUUUUGGGCAUUUGUUGAUUAUGUACUUCUAUUCCGUCACUCAUUGAAUAUCAAAAAAUUUCGGAUUUAUAUGAAGGGCAAGGAUGUGGACCACUCUCGUAUUAAUGCUUGGAUCAACACUGCCAUUAGGCGCAAUGUUGUUGAACUUGAUCUCUUAGCUGGGCAUCCAUUUCUAUCCAAGCUUGUUGAGUUGCCUAAAAGCCUCUUCAUGUGUAAAACACUGGUAAUCUUGAGGUUGAGAUCACAAUUUAUUACCAAUAUUCCUGCAUCAGGGUGCUUCCCGAGUCUGAAGUUCCUCCAUGUUACAUUUUAUUCAAAUGUUAUUGAAUCAAUGCGUGAGCUUUUCUCCAACUGUCCAAUACUUGAAGAUUUGACUGUGGAUGGUCUUCUUCUAUACGGUGUUUCCUUGAAUUUAAACAUUUCUGUCCCUGCACUGAAGACGUUAAGAAUAUGGUUUGAUAAAGAUGGUGAUGAUAAUGGUGCCAGCAGCUAUUUUAUUAAUUGCCCAAAGCUUGAAAAUCUUGAUGUGAUAGAGGAGUUUUCAUCAACAUAUUGUUGGGGGAAAGCAAAAUCCCUAGUCAAAGCCAGUAUUUGUCUACCUCAGCAUUGUUCAAAUCGACAGCCUAGUUUUUACCGUGUGAAAUCACUUUUGGCAGGAAUAUCCAGUGUUACAGAUUUAUGUCUUUCAGCUCAUUGUUUUGAGGUUGGUUCUCUGCCUGCUUAUGAAAAUUUGAGACGGUUGAAGCUGGUGAUUCAAGAUUGCUUUUGCUGGGAGUUGCUUACAAAGUUACUCAAAAGAUCACCUAUCCUGGAGUCUCUUGUCUUAGAAUGUGAAGUCGGCGGUUGUCCUCAGGAAGACUCUGAUAAUGACGAAGGGUCAGUGUAUGAAGAAGACUCCGAGAGUGAAGAGGGCUCUGAGCAUGAAGAGGGUUCAGAGAAUGAAAAAAGGUCAGAUCAUGAAGAAGGCUCAGUGAAUGAACAAGGGUCAGAGCAUCAAUGGAAUCCUCCAGAUUGUGUGCCUAAAUGUUGUUUGUUACACCUCAAGAUUGUCUCCAUAAGGGGAUUCAUGGGAGAACGUGAUGAGUUGGAAGUGGCAAAGUACUUGCUGAAGUAUGGUCAAGUUUUGAAUAAGAUGACUAUAUCUAUGGAUCAUCUUGAUGUUAAUGAAAAAGAGAAGAUUUACAAGGAGUUUUUAAUGGUUCCAAGGGGUUCAAGAACUAGUAUAGUUGAAUUUAUCUAGGAUGCAUUUUAAUGUCUUGAAGGAAUUUUUGUUGUGUGCACUUGUAGCUUUCAAGGUAUUAAAACCACACUCUGUUCGCAGAAUGAAUCUAGUCUACCUGAACGCUUUUCAUAUCGUAUUUUCUUAUCAAGUCUCUAGUUUCUCAAAUCUAUGGGGAUUGGAUAUUUGGUGUCCUGUUAUAAUUUCUAUGGCGCGGAAGAGAUGAAAAAGUACAUCUGCACUCUUGCCAUGUUCAUCCCUAUGACUCUUGCCGUGUUCAUCCCUAUGAAUUGAAUGGAGAUAAAAGAACAC